AGACAGGAUUGAACGCGGAGCGUGCACGCAGAUACAAAAAUGCUGUGACGGCGGUGUUCAUGAUUCACGAUGGGCUCUCCCUUGUGCCUGGCAUUUUUGGUCACCGUCGUGUUUGGAUCCGUCAUCCAGAGGAGAGAGGAGACCGAAUCGUGCACGUUCGAUGGGGAGCCCGGUCGCUGUCGAGCGGAAGGCGAGUGUUUUCGGAGCUUUCCCGGCUCGGAAUCGACGCGGAGACGACAGGCCUGCUUCCACGUCGAACACAGGGCGACGAUAUGCUGCCCAAUCACGGGUAACCUCGCGUCUUCCGGCCGGAUCGCGGGAGGGAAGGACACGAAACAGGGAGCAUAUCCCUGGAUGGCUGCUCUCCUUCAGAAGGCCUUCACUCGAAGACCCUUUUGUGGCGGGUCCCUCAUCACGCCAGUCCACGUUCUCACUGCUGCUCACUGCGUCGAUGGGAUUCGCCUAGACCCGAAUUCCUUUCAAGUUAGGAUCGGGGAGCAUAACUUCGAUUCGCAGUCGGAGAAGGAACACAGGGAUUUUCCCAUCCGGCAGGUCCACGUUCACCCCGAUUACGUGGAGACCGAGUUCGUCAUCUACAAUGAUCUGGCCAUCCUCGAACUCGAUAGCUCUUGCAUGGAUGAACCGAGAACCGUCUGUCUUCCGGAUGAACCGGCUGACUUCCGAAAUCGCGAGGCUGUCGUUAUAGGUUGGGGAGUGCCGCAUUUGGGAGGGGAGCAGCAGCCUCCCAUACUCCAGCAAGUGAAUGUGGAGGUUUUUCCGCAUGAGGAGUGCUACUUCAUGUAUGGGGGGAUAACGUAUGAUCAUAUUUGUGCUGGGGAUCCGUGGAGUGGAGGGAGGGACUCGUGUCAGGGGGAUUCUGGUGGGCCCUUGCACGUCCUCCAGCGAGGAAAAUGGGUCCAAGUGGGGAUCGUCUCGUACGGAGUCGACUGCGGAAAGUCUCGACACCCCGGUGUCUACAUGAACGUCUCCACCUACCUGCCCUGGAUUGCCAGUCGCCUCCACCCUUACCGUCUCAACGAGGGGAGAGGGGUCCGAGUUGUGCAUUUUCAAUGGGGAAGCAGGUCGGUGCGAGGUGGAGGGCGAGUGUACGGAGAGGAUCCUCGGCACGGAAUUAUAUCAGAGGCGGACGACGGUGUGUUGCCCGGCGAAGAGGAGUCCCUCGUCCAACGGUCGGAUCGUGGGAGGGGAGAACGCGAAGCCGUUGGAAUAUCCCUGGAUGGCUGCUCUGCUCCAUGUGUCUUCGUCGAGGAAACCCUUCUGUGGGGGUUCGCUCAUCACGCCCUUCCAUGUCCUCACCGCUGCGCAUUGCGUUUACCAGUGCGUCCUCUUUAUGUUACUAUAUUGAGGUUCAUGCGAAUGAUCGCGGUGGUGAUUCGUGGUUCUCUUGACAGUAUCGGCCAAGACCUGAUUUCCUAUCGGGUCCGGAUGGGAGAGCAUAACUUCGACACGGAGUCGGAGGCGCAGCAUCAGGAUUUCUACAUCCGACGGAUCCACAUUAAUCCCAACUACAGGAAGACCGAUUACGCCGUCUACGAUGAUCUCGCGAUCCUCGAGCUGAGCGGUUCUUGGAGGGAGGAUCCAAAAACCGCCUGCCUUCCCGAUCGACCGGUUGACACCCGAAACCGCGAGGCCAUCGUUAUAGGCUGGGGGGUGACGAGCAUGGGAUCUGACUUCCAGCCUUCUGUACUCCAACAAGUCGAAGUGGACAUUUAUCCUCAUGAGAAGUGCGAAAGUCUGUAUAGGGGAAUCGAGUUUACUCAUAUAUGUGCGGGGGACCACGACUUCGGAGGAAAGGAUUCGUGCCUGGGGGAUUCCGGGGGACCAUUGCACGUCUGUCUGGGUCGGAGGUGGGUCCAGGUGGGGAUCGUUUCUUACGGUUUCCACUGUGGGAAGCCCCAGCAGCCGGGCGUCUACGUCAAUAUUUCCUCAUUCUUGCCCUGGAUCGUCGGGAACAUCCACCCGUACCGUCUCAAUGGUAUGCCGCCUUCGAUGGCAAGGUGGGCGGUCGCGAUGUCGGCGGUGGCGCUGAAUUCGGCGUUUGACUUUGCAGAUGACGAGUGCGGGAAGACGUCGGAGGACCCGGGGGGAACCAUCAGAUGCUUCAGCGUCGAUGAAGAAACAGAGGAGAACGAUUUCGACAGCGUGGAUACCGAGUGUGAUUCUACACGUCUUCGUUAUUCUAACAUACUCGGCUUCUUUUCGUCUCUUAUUUACCUCGCGAGGUUGCGUGCCGUGGGGUAUUAG